CUUUUUCUUUCUCUUUCUAUUUAUAAAACAUGUCAAUAUCCAAUUUACCUCAAGUAAAGAACUUACUUUUGACUAUUCCUAUACCUCAUGUGCUUUUGAUCACUAUUAAUCGACCCAAGAAUUUCAAUUCAUUGAAUCCAGAAACCAAUUGGGAAAUGCAUCGAGUAGUGGACUGGGCUGAAGAAAAUGAUUCUAUUUGGUGUAUUAUUAUCACUGGAAAAGGAGACAAGGCUUUUUGUGCAGGAUUUGAUCUUGUUUCUGGUCAUCAACAUCGGGAAGAAAAUAAGGCAAAUAAUACUGUGGGUGGAGAAAAAGUACCCUCUGGAUUUGGUGGAGUUAGUUUACGAAAACAAGCACGCAAACCGGUGAUCAGUGCUGUCAAUGGUUAUAGUUUGGGUGGAGGAACAGAAAUUUGUUUGGCUUCUGAUAUUGUGGUGGCAACCGAACGAUCCAAGUUUGGUUUACCUGAAGUGAAACAAGGUUUGACAGCUGCGUCUGGAGGAGUAAUGCGCAUUUGUAGAUCUUUACCUUAUCAAGUGGCAGCAGAAUUAUUAUUGACGGGUCGAUUCUUUGAUGCUCAAGAGGCUUAUUCUUAUGGAUUAGUCAACAAGGUGAUUCCCAAUAAUGCUGAUGUGGUGGAAGCAGCUCUUGAUUAUGCGAAGAUCAUUACACAAAAUUCACCGGAUGCAGUGAUGCUUACAAAACAAGGAUUAUUAUUGGCACUGGAAAGAGCAUCCGUUACUGACGCAACAGAUGAAUGGUUGGCAUCAGAGGAAGCUGACGCCUGGAGAGCUGGAGAAAAUAUGACCAUUGGAUUACGCGCUUUUGCCAACAAACAAAAACCUCAGUAUCAAAAUCCUGCCAAAAUUGUCAAGAAAGGAAUUAGCAAGUUAUAAUAUGACAAGGAUAUAUAUAGUAUGAUGAUUUAUUUUUAUUUUUAUUUAUAAUAAUAAAGAAAAAAGAAAAACUUUUACUUUAUUUAUUCUUCA